UCAUCAAAACAGUUUCAAUUUGCAAACAUUGGGGAGUACGAAAAUCGGAAAACAUUAUUCUAGGGUUUUCCUUUUGGAUAGAACAAAAAAUGGCAUCGACGACGCCGGCGGCCGAUCCCACUGGUUCUGAUUCCGACAGAGAAAUUGUCGUUGGAACCACUACCGUUACGAGCACUAAUUCUGAACCUAUCGUGAUUUCGGAUUCCUUAACGACUACCAGUCAGUCAAGUCCACCUUUAGUUUGCCUUUUCCGGUUUGCCGGAGACUCCGCUGCUGGGGCAUUCAUGGGUUCAGUCUUCGGUUAUGGUUCAGGACUGAUUAAGAAGAAAGGAUUUAAAGGAUCAUUCCCAGAGGCAGUAUCAUCUGCUAAGACUUUUGCAGUUCUUUCUGGAGUCCACAGUUUGGUUGUAUGUUUCUUGAAAAGGCUUCGAGGGAAAGAUGAUGUCAUAAAUGCAGGUGUAGCUGGAUGCUGCACUGGGCUUGCUCUAAGUUUUCCAGGUGCACCACAGGCUCUUUUGCAGAGUUGCAUAACGUUUGGUGCAUUUUCAUUCAUCAUUGAAGGGCUUAACAAGCAGCAACCAGCAAUGGCACAAGCACUUUCUUCAUGGCCCAGAAGAGGUGAAGAGUAUGGGAAGCUUCCUCCAUUGGCCUUCCCUCUUCCCCAUGAACUCAAGGAGUCUUUUUCUUUUUUCUGCAAAAAUAUUGAACGAAGCAGCAAAGUCAACUUUCGUCGUGGCUCUUCUUCACAUUAAUAUUAAUCAAGGCUUUUCCUAUAUUACCCUCUAGAAAUUUUGCCUGCACUGUUGUCCUUUGUAUUGUAAAUUUACAGUGACAUGCUUCAAGUUUUUCUCCUUAGAUCCUACUAUCGGAGUGUCGUGUAAUUGAUAAUGAGGCUGCUUUUCAUCUUCAAUGCCAUAACAAGCUUCUCUUUGCCUUUGA